AUGGGACCGUUUCUAGAUCUCAUGAAAAAUGCACUCUGUUCCCCCUCGUCACAUUCUUCUUCUUCAUCAUCUCCAAGUUCCCUGGUCUCAUUUGGAAGUCCCAAGUUCUACGUAUUGUGUGGAAUAGGUGGCUCAAUAUGUUGUGGAUUCACUCAUCUUGUAAUCACUCCUUUGGAUAUUGUCAAAUGUCGGAUGCAAGUGGAUCCAAUCAAGUAUUCAGGAGUCUUGCAAGGAUUCCGAGUGGCAGUGGCAGAUGAUGGAGUUAGAGGAUUGGCAAGAGCGUGGGCUCCAACUACAAUAGGAUAUUCAGCUCAAGGAUUCGGGAAGUUCGGAUACUACGAGAUCUUCAAAAAUGUCUAUGGGAGUAUGUUGAGUGAGGAAAAUGGGUAUACCUAUCGCUCAUGGGUGUAUCUGGCUGCUGCCUCAUCAGCAGAAUUCUUCGCUGACUUUUUCCUUGCUCCAUUUGAAGCCGUCAAAGUAAGAAUGCAGACUUCAUCCACUGCACCAAAAACCAUGCGAGAAUGUAUGCCGAUGAUUUACAAAAAAGAAGGAAUGUACGGUUUUUUCAAAGGAUUACCUCCUCUGUGGACUCGACAGAUACCAUAUACCACUGUGAAGUUUGUAUGCUUUGAAAGGGUAAUGGAGUUGAUGUACACUCAUACUGUACCAAAACCAAGAUCUGAGUGCACCAAAGCAGAGCAGUUGUUGGUCACUUUUUCAGCUGGUUAUUUGGCAGGUAUCCUUUGUGCUGUGGCAUCCCAUCCUCCAGAUGUUCUUGUCUCCCAACUGAAUCAAAAUCCAAAUGCUACAUUGUCAAGUGCUGCAAAGAAAUUGGGAUGGAAAGGAAUGUGGCCGGGGCUUGGUGCACGGAUCAUUAUGAUUGGAACGAUCACGGCGAUGCAAUGGUUUAUUUAUGAUGGAUGGAAAGUUCUGAUGGGUAUUCCAAGACCUCCUCCGGCUCAGAUGCCUGAAUCGAUUAGAAGGAAGUUACAAGCAGAGAGCAAGACUGAUUUUAUUAAAUAA